GGUCAGUCCCGCCCCGCCCCGCCCCGCCGGGCCACUGCCCGCCACCCGCCGGUUCUUCCGCCUCCCUCAGCGGCGCCACGGGAAGGAACGGGCGAGUGCCAUGGAGCAGACAGCGGGCAAGGAACUCGCCCUGGCGCCGCUGCAGGACUGGGGCGAGGAGACCGAGGACGGUGCGGUGUACAGUGUCUCCCUGAGGCGGCAGCGCAGUCAGCGCUCAAGCCCAGGAGAGGGGCCUGGGGGCAGCCAGACCACUGCGGACACCUUCCUCCACUAUCGCACCAGCAAGGUGAGGACACUGAGGGCAGCGCGGCUGGAGAAGCUGAUAGGAGAGUUGGUGUCUGGAGACCCUGAGCAGGACCCAAGCUUCAUGCCAGCCUUCCUGGCCACCCACCGGGCCUUUGUGCCCACUGCCCAGGUGCUGGGCUUUCUGCUGCCACCAACACCACCACCACCACCUCCUGGGGUACAGAUCCAGAAGACAGAAGGACUAGAUCUAAGCUUCAACAAGAACCUAAGGGCUGUGGUAUCUGUUCUGGGUUCCUGGCUGCGUGAUCACCCUCAGGAUUUCCGAGACCCACCUGCCCACUCAGACCUGAGCAGUGUCCGAACCUUUCUGGGCUGGGCAGCCCCAGGGGGUGCUGAGGCCCAAGAGGCAGAGAAGCUUCUAGAAGACUUUUUGGAGGAGGCUGAACGAGAGCAGGAAGAGGAGCAGCUCCCAUUGUGGGCAGAACCUCCUAGAGCUGCCCAAAGCCCUGGCCCAGCCUCCCAGGAGGGCUUCCUGGAGGAAGAGGAAGGCCUUGUGCAGGACGGUCCUGAGCUCCUGGACUUCAGCAUAGAUGAGGUGGCUGAGCAGCUGACUCUUUUGGACGUGGAGCUCUUCUCGCGGGUGAGGCCCUGUGAGUGCCUGGGCUCCGUGUGGUCCCAGCGGGAUCGGCCUGGGGCCGCCGGCGUCUGCCCCACUGUGCGCGCCACCGUAACCCAGUUCAACAAGGUCAUUGGCUGUGUGCUGGGUUCGGUGCUUGGGGAGCCAGGCCUGGCCGCCCCACAGAGGGCGCAGCGGCUGGAGAAGUGGAUCCGCAUUGCCCAGCGCUGCCGAGAGCUGCGGAACUUCUCCUCCUUGCGAGCCAUCCUGUCCGCCCUGCAGUCUAACCCUAUCUACCGGCUCAAGCGCAGUUGGGGGGCCGUGAGCCGGGAACCGUUGUCCACUUUCAGGAAACUUUCCCAGAUUUUUUCAGAUGAGAACAACCACCUCAGCAGCAGAGAGAUUCUUUCCCAGGAAGAAACCAGCGAGGGACCCCGAGAGGAGGACACCCCCAAAGGAACCUCAGGGACACCCCCAGGCCCUGUUCCCUACCUUGGCACCUUCCUCACGGACCUGGUCAUGCUGGACACAGCUCUGCCGGACAUGUUAGAGGGGGAUCUAAUUAACUUUGAGAAGAGGAGAAAGGAGUGGGAGAUCUUGGCCCGCAUACAGCAGCUGCAGAGGCGCUGUCGCAGCUACAGCUUGAGUCCCUGCCCGACUAUCGUGGCCACCCUGCAUGCCCAGCGCCAGCUCAGUGAGGAGCAGAGCUACCGAGUCUCCCGUGUCAUUGAGCCUCCGGCCGCUUCCUGCCCCAGCUCCCCACGUGUCCGGCAGCGGAUCAGCCUCACUAAGCGCCUCAGUGCGAAGCUGUCCCGAGAGAAAGGCUCAUCCCCUGGUGGGAGUCCUGGGGAUCCAUCAUCACCCACCUCUAGUCUGUCCCCAGCAUCCCUCCCAUCGAGUCCUAGAACCAAGGAUCCUCCUCCUGGCAGUCCUCCAGCCUCCCCAGGGCCCCAGAGCCCCAGCACCAAGCAUCUGCAGAUGAGCAAGGCUGCACCCCUCCACCCCCACUGCCUGCAGCUUCCCCUGAGCCUGGACCUUCCAGAUUCUCGACCCUUGGCCUUGCCCCUGAGUAGCCCUCGAAUCCCUCUCCUGGGUCAGCAGAGCUUGGAAGCCCGUGUCAUCCGUGUCAGCAUUGACAACGACCAUGGAAACCUGUAUCGGAGCAUCUUGCUUACUAGUCAGGACAAAGCCCCCUGUGUGGUACUGCGGGCCUUGCAGAAGCACAAUGUGUCUCAGCCCUGGGCCCAUGACUACCAGCUCUUCCAAGUCCUUCCUGGGGACAAGGAACUCCUGAUCCCUGACAAUGCCAAUGUCUUCUAUGCAAUGAGUCCAGCUGCCCCCGGAGACUUCAUACUGCGGCAGAAAGAUGGGAGAAGGCAUACCCCAUCUCUCUCCCCAACCUGAGGCAGGCUUCUCCUCACUCCAGAACACAGACCCCAUGGGCAGCUUGGGACCUGGCUUCUAUCACUAUGGGGGUGAGGAGCUGUUCAACUGGAAACCUUCUAUCCACAGUAGAAGCCAUGGUGGAGAACUCCAUCUCAUAGAAGGGACUGGGGCAUCUUUCCCCAGAGAAAUCCUAUAACUGUUGGAGACAUCAAAACUGACAGUUGUGGAAGAAAAUAGUAACCAAAGUUAUCAAACAUGAAUCAGUCUUGUUUGUUCUAUAUCUGUGUGCCAUGUUCAUCUUUUAUCAAAAUAGAAAACAAUGACCAAAAACAGAAAAAUUAAAAGCCCUAAGAGAGGGCAUGGUGAGGCAUGGCUCUGCCCCACUCAGGAACACACAGUCCAAAGGCCAAUUUCCUGAAGAGAUUUUCAUUGACUUCAGUUUUUUGUAAAUGCAGGGUUAUU